CCUGAACAUGCCCCCGUCGCUGACGUCAACAGUACGCGACGCUCUCCGGUUUGUGUAUCGGCUGCUGAGCUAACAGCAGCAGCAAUUGUGUUUUGGUUUUGUUUUGCCUCCCAUGCGCUGUUAUCAUGAGCUCUGAAGGAGAUUCUCUGCCUGGAUGAUGCAUCUCACUGUAGAGCAGCUGGACGUGUAGAUGUAACUCUGCUCCAGGUGUUUUUACACAGUGUGUGUAUGUUUAUAAUAACAUAUGGAUUAAAAUGAUAUAGAAGAAGAUUAAGAGCCUGCAGAAGUCUGUGGACUUCAUGCUUACAACAUGAUCUGUACCUGUCACCAGGCUGCAGCAAUGACAUGAUUAAUCUGAACAACAGUGUUAAGACAGUUUUUAAGAAUACUCUAACUCUAUAUUUCCUAUGUAAUCACCAUUAAGUGUGUGUGGCGGCUGUGCCCAAAGCAGCUUCAUAAAUGUCUGAUACAGUAAACUGCAGAAUGUCUAUAGCAGUAGGUUCAGUUAACCCUUGAGCUGGUGUUAAUGGGGCAGCAGCUGCCGGUAUCAGAAUUGGCCCGCCAGUCAGUUCUGCUGUAAAUCAGCUGUGACCCAUGACUGAGUACUACGAGGAGGGGGGGCUGCUGUACGAGCAAUCACCUCCCAUGCACAUCAAAGUGGAGUCUCCGGAGGGACCCUUUGGAGGGGGAGCCUCAGAAAACGGCUUCCCCAGGGAGGAUGAGGACUCGGAGGGUAGCUGUGACCAGAGCAGCGGAUUACCUGGCGGACUCCCCUUCAACGUGGUAGUUGUGCAUCCUAACAUCAUGGCACCCGGCAUGUCCUCAGACGACCUCUUGUCCAUUGAACAAAACAGAGCUAUGUCAGCCGCACUGGCUGCUGGUGGCGCAGGAAAAAGAAAGAGUCGCUUCAGCGGAGCAGAGCUGGAGGUGUUGGUGUCAGAAGUCACCCGGUGUGAGGGAGAGCUCUUUGGUCCUGCAGGGAGGCUCCGGCGGCGGGAGAGGGAGCGCAUCUGGGCAGGAAUCCUUGAGAGAGUCAACGCUGUGUCCAGAGUCCCACGCACCCUUCGAGAGGUGAAGAAGCGGUGGGACGAUUUGAAGAGACGCAAUGGAGGCAGGCUAGCGGACGCUCGCCACCGCAGCUGUUACCUGCCGUCCAGCAGAGGGGCCUCAAUGCUUGGGCGUCCGUCUCAGACAAGCCCCAGACUUCAACAAGCCAGGCAAAAGCAAAGCACGAGACCAAAGCCCAGUUUCCCAUGCUUCCCUGAUUCUGAUCCAGGUGUGGAAGGAUCAGAGAGAGAUGGUUUGGAGAAAGAUGAGGAUAAUCCAGAGCGUGACAGAGACAUCGGAGAACCAGAGUGCGAACCUGAGAACAGCAUGGAGGACAAAUUGGGAUUAGGACUGGGUCUGGGCAUAGGACCGCCCCCUCCGUCAGAACGAUGGCUGCCUCCUUCCCCGCUCUACAGCGCUCCUUUCCUCAAUGGCAGCCCUCAGCCCAGCAGUCCUCAGCCGUCACUUGGAGCACAGCAGGGUCCUCUCGAAGCCCCUCUGCGCAGCUCCUGGCUUGAGGAUGAGCUUCGAGGGUUAGGCGAAGCAGCAAUUCAACUGGGAAAUCGCGUAGAAAAGAGUCUGCGGGAGUUUAGCGAAGGUUUCAGACAGGACAUGAGAACACUUGUCUCAUCACAAGAGACAUUAGCAGUCAGUCUACAACAAAACAAUGUCCUCUUGCAAAGGCUUUUAGGGGUGCUUGAGGCGCAGCAACAGCCGCAGCCACAGCAACAUCGUGUACAACAAGCACAGCAAUCACAAACAUCUCAACAGCACUUACAGCCACAGCCAGCUCAGCAGCAGCUGCCGCAGCAGCAGCUACAACAUAUAGAACCGCAGCAACAGCAACAGCAGAGGAUCGAAGCACCACUGCAAACACAACUCCACCAUCAGCAGCAACCACAUGCAGUACAACAGCAGCAAACACAAAUACAGCAGCCACCGGUCACCCAGCAGUUAAAUAAUCAGUCAGCUGUAGCGGUGGUACCUGCACCAUCUUCCCCUGACGUACACGGCACUUUUCCCUCUGAUCCACCCACAGACACAAAUGGAAGUGUGCAGAAGCCGCGGCGAGGAAGAGCUGGCGAUCACAGGCGCAGAAGACGGCGCUAAGGAGAAAGUACUCAGAAACUCAAAGUGCAGUAUCGUGCAUAUUUGAUGUUUCAAAAUGUGACAAAAAAUGAUGCUCUUUUUUCUAUUGACAGUAUUUCUGUAAAAUAAACUGAAUCAUUUGGAGAUUUAUUCACCACUCCAAAUCAGUGAUCAGCUUCGCACUUAAGUUUCUCUUCAAAGAGGACUGACGUGGAUGUGAAAAUCAGACACAUGAGAUAAUAGGGUGGCCUUAACAUAAGCUUGGUUCCUCAGACAUACUGUUCAUUCAUACUGUUGUGCUAAUAGACUUGAAAAAACACCUGCUCCUUGGAGUGACAACUUCUCUCAUGAGAGUUUUAAUACCCGGACAACAACAUACUGUAGGUGCUGAUGUGAAUAUGCAUGUCACUGUACAUGCUUUGCAGCAGAGCUGCUCAUGAUGCUCUUACUAGUUCAGCUCUGUCUCAACUCUCCUGAUACACUAACUACAUUGUCAUAAAGUACUUGUAAUCUGCAGUUGUUACCAUAUAUUGUAGUUUUACAGCUAUAGUAAUUACAUGCGAAUGUAUGCUAGUGCUUUUUAACAGUUUCAUGGUACAUACUUUUCCAGCUUUGGUUGGACAAUAAAGUUGUUCUGUUCAGUGUGUUUUGAGACAAAAAUGUUACAUUUUAAAGAAUUGACAGGACAUUUUACAUCACAGUAGGCGUCAGACUUUAACCUGUAUGUUUCUGGUGGAAUUUUAAAGCAUACAUGAGUAUGUAGGGGCUAUUUAUUCUAAUCGUGCAUGCAGUAUGAUGGAUGUGUUUGUAGAUAGUUGCAAAGAAACAGCAUAUGGCCAUCAUCUACGUAGUUUUGCACAACUUAUAUUUUGUAGAUAGCUACUGUUCCGAUGAAAUGUAACUAAACUUUAAUAAAAGUCAGACAUGGACUGCAACUAAA